AUGGUGUCUGAUCCUAGAAUUUCUAUUGGGAAGAAAGCCUGUAAACAUCUCAUGUGUGGGAAAAACUGCUCUCAGAGCUCCUCCUUCCCCUACACGCCAGUGCCCAGACUGGAAAAAGCCCCUAAAUGUCAUGAAUAUGGAAAAAGCUUUAGCCGAGGUUCUCAUCUUGUUCGGCAUCACAGAAUCUACACAGGAGAGAAGCCUCACAAGUGCACUGAAUGUGGGAAAGGCUUUAGUGAGCACUCCAAUCUCACUACCCACCUCAGAACUCACAGAAGGGAGAGACCCUACUGGUGUGGGAAAUGUGGGAAAAGCUUCAACCAGAGCUCUAGCCUCAUUGUCCACCAGAGGACCCACACUGGGGAGAAGCCUUGUCUGUGUACCAUAUGUAGAAAGAGGUUCAACAACAGUUCCCAGUUCAAUGCUUACCAGUGAGGCCAUGCUGGGGAGAGCCCAUACAAGUGUGUGGAGUGUGGGAAAAGCUUUAACAUCAGUUCCCACUUCAGUGCCAACCAGAGAACCCACACUGGGGAAAAGCCUUACAAGUGCUCUCAGUGUGAGAAAAGCUUCAUAAAGAAGUCUAGACUCACCCACCAUAAGGAAAUUCCCAUGAAAGAGACACUCACAUCACAGGAAGGAAGAGAAGUGUUACAUAAGUGUGUAGGAAACCUGACAGGUCAAUUCUUUAGACCAAUAUGUGCUUCUUAGAGCUUCCUUCUGUUUGUAGGAAGAUAUAUUAGCCAUUUGACAACUGGAGCUUAAGAACCAUGUCCAGGAAUAGAAAAAGGAAUAAGAAUGCUGAACUCCCUUAGCUCCACUCAUGACUCCAA